GAACUUAGAAAACUUCGAACUUCAAGUUGUUUGUUGCGUCCUCCCGUUGGGUCCCGACGAGGAGGAUGGAGACCAGUCCCAUCCCGGUGUUGACGGUCCAAACCGCCCCCUUCGACGACCAGCGGCCCGGUACCAACGGUCUGCGGAGGAAGACCGCGGUGUUCGAGGGGAAGAAGAACUACCUGCAGAACUACAUACAGAGCGUGUUGUCCUCCAUCGACCUGCGGGACCGGCAGGGCUGCACCAUGGUGGUGGGCUGCGACGGCCGCUACUUCAGCCGGACCGCCACCGAGGUCAUAGUGCAGAUGGCAGCUGCCAAUGGUAUUGGACGUCUGGUAAUCGGCCACAAUGGUCUCCUGUCCACCCCUGCUGUGUCCUGCAUCAUCAGGAAGAUCAAGGCCAUUGGCGGGAUCAUCCUUACAGCUAGUCACAACCCCGGAGGCCCUGGUGGAGACUUUGGAAUCAAGUUCAAUGUGGCAAAUGGAGGUCCGUCUCCGGAUACAGUGAUGGAGAGGAUCUACCAGGUGAGCCGGACACUUGAGGAGUAUGCAAUCUGCCCUGAUCUCCGCAUUGACCUGUCCAGACUGGGAAGACAAGAAUUUGACCUGGAGAACAAGUUCAAACCUUUCAGAGUGGAGAUCGUAGACUCAGUGGAUGUGUAUCUACAACUGCUAAGAAACAUCUUUGACUUCAAUGCCAUUAAAAGUCUUCUCACAGGACCAGAUCAGCUCAAGAUACACAUAGAUGCCAUGAACGGAGUGAUGGGCCCCUACGUGCGUAGGAUCCUGUGUGAUGAGUUGGGAGCCCCUGCUAACUCUGCUGUCAACUGUGUCCCCCUGGAGGACUUUGGGGGCCGACCUCCAGAGCCCAACCUGACUUACGCCACCUCUCUGGUAGAUGCCAUGAAAGGAGGGGACUUUGGCUUUGGAGCUGCAUUUGAUGCGGAUGGGGACCGUUACAUGAUCCUCGGAGAAAACGGCUUCUUUGUGAACCCGUCCGACUCGGUGGCCAUCAUGGCUGCCAACCUCUCCACCGUCCCCUACUUCAGACAGCUGGGAGUCAAGGGCUUUGCCAGGAGCAUGGCCACCAGCACUGCCCUCGACAG